AUUUAGAGUUGUCGCCCCCUGCGAAACAAGCAAAUAUGGCGGAUGUUUCAAAACAUUCCAAGAAAAACGAAAAACUUUCACACUCUUUUAAAGGCAGACUUGAUAAACUAGGAUGCCCAUAUACUGAAGGUGUGGAUGAAAGCUGGGUCUUGGAACUUAUCUUUAAACCAGGUGAACCCAGGAUCCGUCUUCUGCAAUGGCUUUUUGCCAAAUUUGAUUCCAAAUUAAAUGAGCUUCUUGACCCAGAACAUGCACCCAUAGAAUCAAAAAUGGAUUCUAGAAUUCAAAGAUUACUGUAUGUAUCAAGUACUCUUGGAUUAUGUAGAUACGAUGAUGUGGAUCUUAUAAGGGGUGUUACAAUAGGUUCUAAGCAGACAGCUUUCAUGGAUCAAUUGUUGGACUUGGUCUGUAUAAUGGACACUUCUGAAGAUCCUAGAGAAAAAAUAUUUCAAAGUCCUGGCAUAGUUUGUGAAUCUUCAGGUCUUCAAGAUCAAUUUACAUCAGAUUGUAAUUAUAUAGAUCAGUUAGUUUUAGAAGAAAAAAUGUCAACACUAUUCAAAACAUCAGUUAAUCUUCUGCCACCAGAUAUAAAUAAAAAUAUUGAAACUAAAAUGGUUGAGAAAGGUUUGAGUAAAGAAAAGCCACCAUCACCUGAUAUCCAGAAACUAAUUGAACAAGCUAAUAUUGUAUCUAAUACUCUAGACAGACAAACCCUAACCUUACAGGAAUUGUCUGAAACGUUCACAUAUUCUGAAUGUGAUCCCAGCUUUCUAUCUACUACUAGUCGAACCAUGCAGGUUGUUUUAUCAGAAUUAUCUCAAUUAGUUGUUAGCUUUAGUUAUUGUUACGAGAAUGAGAUGAGAGUAUGGUGUAAUAAAACUCCACCAGUUUUAACAGAUCUAGGAAUAGCUUUUAAAAGAGUGUACAACGUCUUGAAGAUAUUUGUUGAGUAUUUAACGAGUUUAGAGGGCAUCAGACAGUCUUAUUCUAAUCUUGGUCAGUAUGUAAACAAUAAAUCAACAACAAAAACAAACUUUGUACAUACAAGCCAGCUAGCACUAGAAAAUGUUCACGAAUGUGUAAAUAUACUAGAUGAAUCUAUACAGCGACAAGAUAUAGCCUCAACAUCUAUGGCAUCAUAUUUAUCAACGUAGCUACGUGUAUUAGAUUAUCUUUUAAUCAAGGAGAUUUAAAUCGUUUAACGGUUACUGGCUACGACAGUUCAUUUGAAAGUGCCAACAGAGAAUCAGUUGUAUGAUCAGUUCUAUCAAAAGACCUAUUUCAUUGAUUAUAAUCAUAAGCACAUGCGUAGAUUGUGGGAGUAAUUACUUGUAGAUUGAAACAAACUUUCCACCCACUCAUCAAGGCGAUGUAUAUUACUUCAGACAGCAAAUCAAUAUAUUGUGAAUUGUUUUGUUGGAAAUUGGCCGACAACAGCUGUUUCUCCCACUCCUUGACACAACAGCUGGAAAUUAUUGACCUCAAAAUGUCAAUAAAUGGUUAUUAAGAAUAAGAUAGAAACAUAAAUGGCACUGUGUUAAUAAAUAAAUUUCAUAUGUAA